AUGUCCAGUCAACAAGCUCAAGGUGCGGCAAAAGGAAUUGAAUUGAAGGCUAGCGAAUUAGGAGAAUUCGGUGGACCAAAUAGUUCUACUAGCAUCGGUACAUGCUGUGUUGGUCUGAUAAUGGUCGGCAGAACAUCUACAAUGGAUGACUUCAACUGCAGAGACCACUAUGGUAUUCUGGUUAUCUACCUGCUGAGCUAUACCAGCCAUAGUUCCCACCUAAUUGCUCAGAAACGACAGGGUUCCAGUAUGUUUGAUGCGGAUCCAGCCGAUAAGCCCGAUUAUGACGAACACGGAUAUGAAUCUCCAGGCUCUCCCUAUACAAUUUCACAGAGCAAACAAUCACAAAAUGUGAUUCCAGUAAAGUGGCUAGGCCAAGAACAAGCUCGAUCAAAGCUGGAUUGUACUGUGCUGGGCAGACAACAAAUGCGUAAUAGUUGA